UUACAGAAAUCUGAUAACGUUAUCACCCGGUGAAAUUUUCCAUUUUUUAAAAAUUUUGUGAUGAAAUUUGCAAUUGUUUUAAUACUUAAUUUUAAAUUCUAUUCUUUUGAUCGUCGCUAAAAAAAUGCAGAGGAAUUCGUUCUGGAUAUACAGAAAAGCCAUCGACUUCACUACACAAUAUAGAAAAUUUUUCAUCCUAGAUUUUGAAGCUACAUGCGAGAAACACAUCGUACUCGAUCCUCAGGAAAUAAUCGAGUUCCCUUGCCUAGCAGUCGAUACUCGUGAUUUCACAGUCGUUUCAAAAUUUCAUCAGUACGUGAAACCUGUAAAGCAUCCGGAAAUUACUCCCUUUUGCACAUCUCUCACCGGAAUUAGUCAACACGCAGUCGAUAACUCUAAAGAAUUCCCUGAAGUUUUGGAUGAUUUCAAAACAUGGCUAAACAAACAUUAUGGCGAAAACUCCAACGAAUCGAUUUUCGUCACUUGUGGAAAUUGGGACCUGAGGACCAUGUUACCGAAUCAAUGCCAACUUUGUAAUUUAGAAAUUCCACAUCAAAUGAAAAACUGGAUCAAUUUAAAAACGGCUUUCUUUCAAGCUACCGGAUAUUACCCUAGAAGUCUUUUCGAUAUGGCUAGUCGACUCGGAAUUAAAUUAGAAGGAAAAUUACAUAGUGGAAUAGAUGAUUGUACAAACAUGCGUAGAAUAAUAAAGAGAUUAUCGGAAAAAAAUUUCGCAUUUCAGGAAACGGAUUCUUUAUGAAAUCAAAAUUGAGGCCUCCGUUGUGCUCAACUUUUAUAUUGUAUUGUUUUUGUUCUAAAAAUGUUUUUGAUGUGAUAUUAAACUAUUGAAUAGAAAAAUUGACAAAA